AUUUUCCUAAGAUAAACGUCGUAAAGCGCCUUGUUGUAAAUUCAGUCGUCGCUGAGCGCGCCUUAAAAAACAAUGCCUUCCACCGCCAACGAGCCGUAACUGUUACCCCGCAGCGCCACCUCAAACCACUGUGCCUUCCGCCCCAAAGUAUCAAUCCAUAAACCGCUGACGAGCCAAAAGUCUGCGCUUGUGCAACGAGACGCUCCGAUUCUUUGGCACCAAGAAAUUGAGGAUCAAACAAGCGUUUCACAUGCUGGGAAUUAUUGUCACCAUCUUUGUGACAUAAGACAUUUUUUAAGAAGCAUCUCCCCCUCUGUGAAAGUCAAUUCCAGAGGAAGGACUGUUCUGAUGUUGACGAUUUCAAUUGACAAGGCUGUGCUGUUGAGAUUUUCUCAUGUCGAUUAUAGAAGUCAUCAAAAGUUUCACAGGAUCAAUGCCACUUGGAAAAGGGAUUUGAAGUCCUCCCAUCCGAGGAAGAUGGAAGAGCUGUCAGUAGAGAUUCCAACACAAACUAUUCCUCACUGUGAACCAUCAAAACAUCCUGAUCUGCAAUUUGACCGGCUGCAACCAUCAGAUGAAGAUUUAGAUCAACAGAAAAAGUUGGAAUUUGGACAAUUUGUUGCACGAGAGGCCGCACUGGAUGAAGAAUACUGGACAGCAGCAUGGUUACGUGCAGAAAGUCACUGGGAGGAGCGAAAAAAUGACCGAUUUGCUGAGAGUAACAAAAGGAAAUUUGCAGACCAGGAAUUUAACGCUAUAAAAAAACGAACGAAGGGGCAGCAGAGGCAGACAUGCACAUGCAUUAUCACGGUGAAGAAGGACACAAAGAAUGCGAAACGUACUGUCGUGAAAAGUGUAGUUGGAACACUUGAUUUGAGCAUUCGGUACUUGUUGGAUGGAGAGACCUUUCCAGGGGAACGGGUAAACGCUCCUCUCUUUUGCAGUAUCAACAGGACACUGUCAAGUAAAUAUGGUUAUAUUUCAAACUUAUGUGUGGCCAAAGCAGCACGACGCCAGGGUAUUGCGAGCAAUAUGUUACAGUUUGCUAUUAGAUCCGCAAUGUUAAAUGCUGAUGUCGAACUGAUAUAUGUGCAUGUGCAUAAAAAGAACAAACCCGCGCAGGAACUGUACCGUAAGCUGGGCUUUGAGAUCAUCGAAAGGGCGAGCUCUCAAUUGUCAGAGGAGCAAACCUAUUUGCUUUGUUUCAAGGCCUAAAAGCUGAUACAACAGAAAUUCAUGAAUUGUAGAUUCAGAAGAAAAUUAUAGUAGAAGAAUACUCAUGUGUGCAUGUAACAUGAAGUUGGGUCAAAAUCCGAAAAUUUCACUUCCCGUACAAAGUCAUCGGUGUCAAGAGUCCCUGCAAAGGUUCUUGGUAUAGAAUGUACUUCCUUGUUCAACAAAUGUUGUGAAUGAAAAAUGAUAUUCAGUAGAGUUUACUUCUU